UCUGUUGAUGCGCGUGGGAAAAGCAAUCUUAGAAACAUCCCAUUGAAGAGAGGUCAGCUUCUUUAGGAAACUGUUGGGUUGUUGUCUGAGAGUAGACUCUGGCGUCUGCAUAUUUCUUAAGUACAUAAAAUAUGUGUACCCAAAAAGCAUGGAAGGUAGAGAGAAUCUAGAAAAUGUGAAAAAAAUUGCCCAUAUUUUCCACAACCUCAAUCACCCCCUUCAUUGUUCAAUCCAUUUUAUUUUGUUGAAUAUAUCAUUGAACUUGAGCCAAAGCUGAAGCAAAGUAUAUAGAAUAAUAGAAAGGGAGAGAGGGAGACUGCAAGUUGACAAAAUUUAAGUCAUUCAACUGAUUUGUUUUGGUUCUUGCUGAGGGGGGGUUCUUUUUCCUUUUGCUUUUUUGUUUUUGUGGAGAAGAAAGAUCUCAUUUUUAUCAUCUGGGUAUGUGGGAUCUCUCUAUCAUGUUAUCAGGUGUUAUAGUUCAUGGUCAUCAUCAUGACCAUGAUGAUUUGUCAUAGAGGAUGAUUUGGUGAGUUUAUGAGGGAGCUUUGAUUAAAAAAGAAAAGGAGCGGUGGAGAAUAUAGUUAUGAGAAGCAAAUGUUGGGUUAAGCGUUUUUGUCAUCUUGAAUCUCUCCAUCAAAAUGAGAAUGGGAACUGAAGUACAGUCUAAUAUGUAUCUACCGGGUUACUAUUCCUUGAGAGAUAAAAAUGGCAGUACUGGUAGCGAUAGCUGGUCUGUAUGUCAGCAAAGCAAUAUGGCUGGUCAGUACCAUGAUUUCUUCAUGUCGAGGCAAGCAAUAGAUAUUAAUGAGGAACCUGACAAGCAACAAUUGAGGCAAACGAUAGUGAAGCACGAAUCUAUGUUCAGGCAUCAGCUCCAUGAACUUCAUCGACUUUACAACAUACAGAGGGACAUGAUGAAUCAAAUGAGAAGCAAAGAAUUGAACAAACAUCUGAUACCGGAAGGACUAUUGCAGUCAAGUCUUUAUUCAUCUGGAAUUUCAUUCACAGAUGACAAGGGAAGGCAGCAUAUUUCCAGUUUGUCCACAGUGGAUUUAAAUAAUGGUAGACUGUCUAUGUCUGGUGCUGACAGCUUCCAAUGUCAGUUUGGAUCCAGGACGGAGAAUGCCAUGCAGUCCAGUUAUUGUCCUAACCAUAAUGGAUUAAGAUCGAAGGACCAUGAGACUGCUGAAUCUGAAAGCAAGAAGCAGCAAAGAAGGUUAAUUGAUCUUGAACUUCCUGCUGAAGAAUACAUUAAUGAUGAAAAAGAAGGUCAAGGGGUUUCUGGAGUGUCAGUGGGCAGUUAUUUUCUUAGCAGGGACCAUGAGAUGACUCGUGAGAGAGUUGGAAGUUCAUCUUUUCCCCCUGGUGUCGUCUUCUCUGGCUGCAAAAAUGAUGGGCUGACUCCCAGUUCGUAUACGGGGAAACCCCAUGGACUGAUUAAUUUAAAUGAACAUUUGAAGGUUAAAGAAGCAUCUGUCUUAACUUCCUCCAAUAUUUUGGGAAAUAUUAUCAGCCCCAAAGAGGAGAUGGAAAGACACUUUCCGUCUUUGUAUUCACAUUCUCUCUUUCACUGCUCGGAUAAUAAAUUUUCUCAAUAUCCCCAAAAAGUAAAGGAAAGAGGAGUCAGCUUUAGCAAUUCGCAUUUAGACACUGAAAGGCAACAAAAUGGGUGGUCAGGGUAUAGCCUUGAAUCUGGCCAAACUGGAAGCAAUGGAGGUCCACAUCAUGCAAGCUUUUGUCAUGACGAUUUACCUGCAACUUUUAAGUCACAGCAAGUUGAACCUAGGAACUCUGGCUUUUCAAAAUCCAUCUUGUCUGAACAAAAGAUGGAAUCACAUCAGAAGAAGAAAAUUUUUGGUGUUGAAAUAUGUGAAAAUAACAAUGGCGCAUCCAUUGAGACCUUUCGUACUCCUAUUCAGCACCCACAUGUUCCUCAAUCUAAUGCAGCCAAUUCUGAGAUAUCCUCCACUUCUUCCUGGAAGAAGUUUUAUCCUGGCUCAAGCAAUAAUGUGAUAACAAUUCAAGGACACCCUUCAGUUAGCACCAUUGCUCAAUCAAAUAAGAGUUCAGUGACAUUGAUGCACAGACCUGAUGUUGUUGGAGAUAAAUUGGUUUUUAGUAGCAGUUCAAGAUCUGUCCCAAAUACUAGAGCUGAAGCAUCAUACCAAAAUGAAUUGUGCUUUGGUUCUCAGUUGGAAUCCAAGGAGUCGUGGGUUUGCCACUCAUCAAAUGGUUUUGGUCACCCGAAUGGCAUCAGUGACAGUAGUUCUGCUUCUGAACAAUAUGCUCAACGUGGCCCUAGGAACAAUUUUAGGGAUUUGGGCUCCAUUAUGGAUGCAAAGUUUACAGAAGAGAAGAAAGCUGAUGCAGCAUCUCCAAAUAGUUAUCAGAAUGAGUCAAUUACUCAUUUUUCUAUCAAUGGGACAAAGAAGCAUAACCUUCAUGGAGGAUUGCCUUGGCUUAAAGCAGUUCCUUCAUGUAAUGGAAACUCUUCUGAAGAAAGGCAAGGCUCUUCUCAGAUGAAUGCAGAUUCAUUGCAAAACUAUUCUCAGCAAUUUGUUGAUAAAACUGAAAUGAUGCGAAAGAGCACCUUACAAACCUUUGUUCAGGAUUCUUUGUCGGCUACAUGUGCCUUUGAUGCUGAGCACUGGAAAACUGAAGUUGGUGAGUGUUCAAGCAACAGGAAGAUUCCUGGGUUCUCUAUAUUUGAAAAGCCUUAUAAAUCUAAGGAUCUUGCUACUCCUAGUCCCCCCUCAAAACCAAACUAUCUUGCUACUGUUGAUGCUACCACAUCCAAUGAUCCAGCAUCACCCGAAUUUGGAAAGCAGCAUGAAGUGGAGGGUCUGAUGGAGAAAGGAUCAGUUAAUCACAGUGAUGAUUCAAAACACCAUAUUGACUUGAAUUUAUGUGUUGUUGAAGAAGAAGUUGAAGAACUGCCUCAACCAACCCUCUCUUCCUCAAGAAGCAGUCAAAAGAUUGCUCUUGACAUAGAUUUGGAGGCACCAGGAGUUGAAACAGAAAUGGAUUUACCUCCAGGGUUUGAAAAUUAUAAAAGCAGCAAAGUACAUAUUGACAGCAUCAAACCUCCUGGUUUUGAAGUUCUUGAUGGCAAACCUCCUGGGUUUGAUCAGUUUGACAACAAAGUUAAAGAACCUGCUAACUUUCCUCAGGAUGUAUCUAAAGAGCUGCAUGAAGGACUAAAACAGGUUGCAGCUGAGGCUUUAGUAGCCAUUUCAUCAUCUUGUGUGCCUCAUCAGCUUGAUGGCUGUUCUCUCGAAUCAGAUGAUUCUCCCAGUGACCCCCUUCAUUGGUUUGCAGAUAUUGUUUCUACUUACAAUGGUGAUGUUCACAAUGAGGUUGGAUCAGUAUCAGUUGAUCAGGAAAGUGUUAAUCCUGAACGUACUUUUCUGAAUGGGAUGGAUUACUUUGAGCUUAUGACAUUAAAACUGACAGAAACUAAAGUAGAAGAAUGCUGUUAUGAGCCACGGGUUUUUGAAAACCCAAAAACUGAAAACAUAAUGCCUAAGCGACCACGAAGAGGGCAGGCAAGGAGAGGGAGGCAAAGGAAGGACUUUCAAAGGGAUGUACUUCCCACUCUUGCUUCACUGUUAAAGAAUGAGGUGACUGAGGAUCUUCUGACAAUCGAAGGGCUGGUAAAAGCCACUGGUGGCACCUGGCAGUCAAGUUUGGCACUGAAAAAUGCUGCUAAGAAUGGUGGGGGAAAGAGAAGGCGGCGAUCAGGGGAUCCCAGUUCUCCUCCAAAUGUUCCUGCCCUCUGCCCACUUCAGAUUGAGCCACCUAAAUGUAGAGAAGCAGCAUUUGAGGAGGCAAGCCUAUUAGGAUGGGGGAAGAGGACAAGACGUCCACCAAGACAACGAUACCCAAUUGGUAGUCCUCCCGUCUCUAUAAAAUAACUUGAAAGAUAAAGAAAUGUUCGAUUUCAGAGAAUUAGAAUUUUCUUACCUAUGGUGCCGACCGUGGGUUUUCCUUUCCAGGGAGAUUCACUUUGUACAUGUUUUCCUCAGCCUCAAUUUGGUUUCUCAGUACCUUGAGUGAGUUGUGUGUUUCAUCAUAAAUAAAUUCCAUUGUUCUUCUCUGAGCUUAAACAGAAAACUUAUCAGGCUUCAUGUAAUAUAAUUGCAGGAGUGCUGAAAGUUUGGCAUAUAGCAAGCUUUCGAUUCUGGAGUUGCCCAUAAUAUUUUCAUUAAUAUGCUUUGUUAGCUUGUUUA